AUGGCUGGUAUGGCCAUCAAGGAAAAGUAUGACGGGCAGUGUAAUGCCCCACAACCAGCUGAAUCAUGGGAAGGAGUAAAAGAUGCUACCAAAGAGGGAGCAGAAUGCCCAUCACUAAACUUGUACUUUGGUUAUUAUGUAGGAAAUGAAGAUAAUUGCUUGAAUCUCAACGUUUAUAUUAAAUCGUUACCUAAGGAAAAUAAUGAGAAAAAACCUGUUAUGGUAUGGGUUCACGGAGGAGGUUUUCUGUACGGUUCCAAUAAAAGUGAAUAUUUUGGACCAGAUUACUUGCUUACUGAAGAUAUUAUUCUGGUUAGCAUCAACUAUCGUCUAGGAAUAUUUGGAUUCCUAAGCUUAGAAGAUGAAUCACUUGGGGUUCCAGGAAAUACUGGUUUGAAGGAUCAAGUUUUAGCGCUGAAGUGGAUACAACAAAAUAUUCAUAGUUUCGGAGGUGAUCCACACAAUGUAACCAUAUUUGGCGAGAGUGCUGGUGCAGCUUCAGUACAUUACCUGACGUUAUCGCCACUCACAAAAGGUCUGUUUAACAAAGCUAUAGUUCAAAGUGGUAGUAGUUUAAAUCCAUGGGCAUUGGGUAAAAGAAACGCAGAAGAUGCUGCUAAGUGCAUGGGUUAUAAGGAUAAAGACGAAAAGGCUGUUUUAGAGAGACUUCAAAAGGACAGCCAAAGAAAUAUUGUUACAGGUGUAUUUAAAAUUGUUGACGAUUUCAAAGCAAGAACAAUCCGUCCAUUUUCACCAGUUAUUGAAACCCCUUCCGAGGAUGCAUUUUUGACGGAGCAUCCUCUUGAAAUUCUAAAAUCAGGGAGGAAUCACCAGAUACCAAUGAUAAUAGGUUACAACACUGCGGAAGGCAUGUUGAUUGAGUUGAUUAGAAGAACCAAAAGUUACGGCGAGCUUCCGAAAAAUCUAGAAGGAGAAGUUCCGUGGGAUUUAAAGGUUCCUCCAACUUCUGGGAAAACUAAGGAAAUUGCGGAGAAGAUUAGAAAGUAUUAUUACGAUGGGGAAGACGUUACCGAAGAAAACGUCUUAAAAACAUAUAAACUUAUAGGGGACAUUCAAUUCCUUUAUGGAAUCCAAAAGGCUAUAAGGCUACAGAAACGAAAUUGCAGUCAACCAAUUUAUGUAUACAGAAACAGUUUAGAUGGAACAUUAAAUUUUUUCAAAAAGUUUUGUACAGCGAAAUAUUUUAAAACUAUGGUUCUUAUAAAUUUCCUAGGCAAAUUAUCUGGAAAUUCUUCAUUGAAAACCGUUUUCCAAAAGAUGUCUGCGAAACUACCGUACAAUGAAUCAGAAGGAGUGGCACAUGCUGAUGAUUUGUUCUACCUCUUUCCUACAUUUUUCACACCAAAAAUCGUAACUGGGAGCAAAGAAGAUUGUGAUAUUUACAAGUUCGUAAAAAUGUGGACAAACUUUGCUAAAAGUGGUAAUCCUACUCCCGAACUAGAUGAAAAGUUAAAUAAUGUAGUAUGGAAACCAAUUGAAAGUGAACACAUAGACAAUGUUCUUGGACUUGAUAAUGAAUUGAAAUUAAUAAAAAAUUUAGAAGGCGAAAGAUUGAAAUUCUGGGAAGAAAUUUAUGAGGAGUAUUCAUGAGAAUUUAUAAAACUACCUUAGCACACAAUCUCCUCACAGCCACCCAUUUGAAUUAUAGUUUUAAGUUUGGUGUAAAGUACCUACUGCACAUUAUAUUUUCUUAUUACAAUUUAAUACUUUAUUGUACCUGCGUUUUAUAUGUAAAUAUACUUUUUAAAACAUA